AGUUCAGGGAGCUCGUUGGAGACAUCACCGAGCUUCUUGGCCUGCCAAAUGUCUCCGAUUUUUUUCCGGUGAUGGCGAGAUUCGAUUUGCAGGGGAUACAGAGGAAGAUGAAGGUUUUGUUGGAGAGAUUUGAUGGGAUUUUUGCAAGAAUUAUAGAGAUGAAGAGAGAAAAGAAGAUGAAAGAUGGGAUGAACGAGGAAAAGAAGGAUUUUUUGGAUUACAUGCUUAUGUUAGAGGAGAAGGGAAGUGAGAGCAAGGAAACCUUCUCCAUGACCCAUAUUAAGGCAUUGCUCAUGGAUAUGGUGGUAGGGGGGACUGAAACAAGUUCAAACACCAUAGAAUUCGCCAUGGCUGAAAUGCUAAACAAACCAGAAACGAUCAAAGAAGCACAGAAAGAGCUGGAGAGAGUAGUAGGCAGAGACAACGAAGUAGAAGAAUCGCACUUACCCCAUCUCCACUACCUCAACACGAUCAUCAAAGAAGUUCUCAGGCUUCACCCCGCCCUGCCCCUCUUAGUUCCGCACUGCCCAAGCUCGCCGUCCGCCGUCGGGGGCUUCGCCGUGCCGAAGGGAAGCCGAGUGUUCAUCAAUGUGUGGGCGAUUCACAGAGACGAAACGCUGUGGAAGGAUCCGUUGGAAUUUAAGCCUGAGAGGUGGAAUUGCGGGGGCGACGCAGCUGAAGGGGAGUUCUGCUACUUGCCCUUUGGAUCCGGGAGAAGAAUUUGUGCGGGGAUUUUAAUGGCGGAGAGGAUGGUUUCGUACGCUCUGGCUUCGCUUCUCCAUUAUUUUGAUUGGGAGUUGCCUCAUGGAGCAUUAGGGAUUGAUGUAUCGGAGAAGUUUGGGAUUGUUUUGAAGAAGGCGGAGCCCCUCGUUGUAAAGCCCGUCCUGAGGGUCUCCAAUUUGGAGCUGUUUUGUUAAAAGUUGGAAGUAUAAUUUCGGAGGAAUUAUCUCUGCAUGCGGUGGCUGAGCCGGACCGUAUAUCAUGG